AUGUUUAACAAUUCAAAUCAUGCUUACAUCAAGGACGGAUGGUUUAGAGAGAUUAAUGAUAAAAGUUUUCCAGGUCAAGCAUUCACUAUGGCUGUGGAUUCGAUACUUUAUCAAGCCCAGAGUGAAUUCCAGGACAUCUUAAUCUUUCGUAAUAAAGUUUAUGGUACGGUACUAGUCCUGGACGGUAUAAUACAAUGUACAGAAUUCGAUGAGUUCGCUUACCAGGAGAUGAUUACGCAUAUUGCUAUGUUCGCGCAUUCCAAUCCUAAGCGUGUACUAAUCAUUGGUGGUGGGGACGGAGGUGUGCUGAGAGAAGUAGCUAAGCACAGUUGCGUGAAGCAAAUCACUAUGGUAGAAAUUGAUGCCUCAGUGAUUGAACUGUCCCGGAAAUUCUUACCCACGUUAAGUGACGGUGCUUUUGAAGAUGAAAGAUUGGAUUUGAAACUUUGCGAUGGCUUCAAGUUUUUACAAGACAUAGGCGAUUCUGGCCUCCAGAACAGAUAUGAUGUCAUUGUUACUGAUAGUUCUGAUCCUGAAGGCCCAGCGGAAGCAUUUUUCCAAGAAAGGUAUUUCCAAUUGUUGAAAAAUGCUCUAAAUCCUAAUGGUGUUGUCAUUAUGCAAAGCUCUGAAAACAUUUGGUUGAAUCUAAACUACUUACGUGACUUGAAAAAUACUGCCAAAAAAGUGUUUCCUAAUACAGAAUAUUGCUAUACCAUGGUUCCUACCUAUACAUCUGGCCAACUAGGUUUGAUUGUUUGCAGUAAUAACGCCAGUUUAUCGUUGGCCAACCCACAAAGGGUGAUAUCUGAGCAAGAACAAGAGCAAUUAAAGUAUUACAAUCCUCAAAUACAUUCCAGUGCAUUUGUUUUGCCUACCUGGGCCGAUAUGAUUAUCAACAAAUGA